AUGUCAGCCGAUCUCUCCGGCUUCCUCACUGUCCUCGGGGGCACCAUCGAUGGUGACGGUCUCACCUGGUCCAUUGGGGGACCCUCCAAAGCAAACGCCGGAAUUGGCCUGCUUGGUGUCCCCCAAGGAAUCUCAGGCUCGCACAACAAGUACGAGUCCGAUGCCUCUCCCAGCCGUGGAGACCUGUACCUCGACGGUAACGACUUUACCCUGCAAAUGGAUCAGUAUCAACAGCUUUACGACGCUGGUCAAGCAAAUGGGGAUAAUUACGAUCUUCCACUGCUUACCGAUUUCCGCUCUCAGCGAUUUGACCAUUCCGUUCAGAACAAUCCUUACUUCUUCAAUGGACCGUUCACUGGCGUGCUAGUCCAGCCUGCGGCAUACACCUUCAUCUACCGCUUCAUGAGCAACAAGUCAGCUGAAUACCCAGCCGGAAGACUCAACGGCGAUGUCUUGAACUCUUUCUUCAGCGUCACCAAGAAUGCAGACGGAACCCUGACCCACACUCCCGGUCACGAGCGUAUCCCAGAUAACUGGUACAAGCGCGCCGUCGGUGACGAAUACAGCAUCCCUUUCUUGCAAGCCGACACACUCCUCGCAGCCGCGAAAUACCCCAAAUUCCUCAACAUCGGUGGUAACACCGGCACACCCAGUACCUUCACCGGGGUCAACGCCGAGGAUCUCACAGGCGGUGUAUACAACACGCGCACUUUAACGGAAGGCAACAACCUCGCUUGCUUCGCCAUGCAGUUUGCCGUGCAGGCGUCGCCGGAUCUCAUCCAGUGCAGCGGGGUGCUGAAUGGUCUGACGAGUGCGAUGCAGAGGCUUACGGGGCAGGCGGCGACGAGUUUGUCGGCGCUGAGUUGUCCGCAGUUGACGAAGAUUGAUGACGAUCAGUUUAAGCAGUUUCCGGGGUAUGCUAAUUUGGAUUGUAAGACUGGGACGUACUAG